CUUGGCAACCCUUUCAGCAUUGUCUAUUGCAACAGGAAGGAGGAGGAUAUACAGAGGUUACUUAAAAGCCCCCAAAACUUUCCCUGUUUCUAUUUCACUGCAGAAAUUCUGCAAGGGAGAAGGAGAAAAAAAAUACUAUCUCAAAAGAAGCACAGGAUGUCUGAAACAACGAGCACCAGUGAGGAGAAUAAACUUCCUUUGAAUGGAAGAAGAGCCAUCCCACCAAACUACUCCAAUGAUGAAGAAAAUGAGGUUCCUGAGAUGGAAGUUUUUGGAUCGAUACCUAGAGGAUUUAAUCCUAGAGAUUACCUGCGUGUUGUGGAUAUUUAUAUGUUCAAGGAGCCUCAGGAGAUCAACAAGCAGGAGCACCACACUGACAAGUACUACAACCCCAAGCUGAUAGUGCGUCGAGGACAGGCUUUCCAAAUCCAGAUUGACUUCAGCCGACCCUACCAGCCAGAGUCAGACCAAUUUUGGCUGGAGUUUUUGAUGGGUCGCUACCCACAGCAAAACAAAGGCACCUACAUCCCAAUUCUAGUAGGCAGUGCGCUAAAACCUGGUCAGUGGGGAGCGAAGAUUAUCCACAGGGAAAACAACUCCAUUCGGCUGUCCAUCAUGUCCUCUGCCACCUGCAUCAUUGGCAAGUUUCGCUUGUAUGUUGCUGUCUCGACUCCCUACGGCAUCCUUCGGACACGCAGGAAUUCAGCGACCGACACCUACAUCUUGUUCAAUCCCUGGUGCCAGUUGGAUGCUGUGUACCUGGAUGAUGAGAAAGAAAGGGAAGAAUAUGUCCUGAAUGAUGUUGGUAUUGUAUUCCAUGGAAACGUCGAAGAUGUAAAAUCAAGAAGCUGGAGUUACGGGCAGUUUGAAGAAAAUGUUCUGGAUGCUUGCCUGUUCCUGAUGGACAAGGCAGAACUGGAGCUCUCUGGUCGUGGAAACCCAAUCAAAAUCUGCCGUGUUGCCUCAGCAGUGAUUAACUCCAGAGAUGACGACGGGGUGAUUGCUGGAUCCUGGAACAAUUCGUACGAUUAUGGUGUUGCACCUUCAGCCUGGACGGGAAGUGUGGACAUUCUCUUGGAGUACUACAGUUCUAAGCAACCUGUCCGAUAUGGCCAGUGCUGGGUUUUUGCUGGUGUCUUCAACACAUUUCUGAGAUGCUUGGGGAUACCUGCAAGACUCAUUACCAACUAUUCUUCUGCCCAUGAUAACAAUGCCAAUUUACGGAUGGACUUCUUUCUGGAUGACGAAGGAAAAGUGGACACCAGACUUACAAAAGAUUCUGUCUGGAAUUAUCAUUGCUGGAACGAAGCUUGGAUGACCAGACCUGACCUUCCUGUUGGUUUUGGAGGAUGGCAGGUUGUUGAUGGGACACCUCAAGAAACCAGUGAUGGUAUGUACAGGUGUGGUCCAGCCUCAGUUCAAGCCAUUAAACAUGGUCACGUUUGCUUCCAAUUUGAUGCUCCUUUUGUCUAUGCUGAGGUGAAUAGUGACAUUUUCUACACAAGAAUGGAGAAAAAUGGAACCCAAGUGGUAGAGAACAUUGACACAACCCGUAUUGGGCAGUUGAUUGUGACCAAGGAAGUUGGAGGUGAUGGAAUGGUGGACAUUACUGAGGAGUACAAGUUCCGAGAAGGCUCAGAUGAGGAGAGGCUGGCUCUUGAGACUGCUGUGAUGUACGGUGUUAAAAAGCAAAGUAUCCAAGAUACCACGUACCAGCCACAGACAGAUGUUGACAUGGACUUCCAAGCGCAAAAGGCAGUCCUUGGCAAUGACUUUAAAGUCACUAUAACUUUCAGGAACAAGAGUCGCAACUCCUACACUGCAACUACCUACUUUUCAGGCAACAUAGUGUUUUAUACAGGAGUCCCAAAAAGGGAAUUCAAGAAACACUCUUUCAGUGCAAAACUGGAACCCUCUUCAUCCAGCUCUUUCGACAUUGUGAUCAAAUCGAGCGAGUACAUGCGUGACCUGCUGGAGCAAGCCUCCUUUCACUUCUUUGUGACUGCACGGAUCAAUGAGACAGGGAAGAUUCUGGCCGUGCAGAAGGCGGUAAUGCUGGAAAUUCCCGCCCUGCGGAUCAAGACCAAAGGUGAACUGGUAGCUGGUAAAGAAACCUCUGUGAUUGUGGAAUUCACCAAUCCUCUGAAACAAACCCUGGAGAACGUCACGCUCCGCCUCGAGGGACCUGGCAUGCUGAGAACAAUAAAAAAGCAGUUCGGGAGAAUCCCGAUGAACUCUACACUGACCUGGGAGCUAAAAUUUACCCCAAUGCGAGCAGGUUUACGGAAGCUGAUUGCAAGCCUGAAUUCUAACACUUUGAGGCAUGUGUAUGGUGAGCUGAAUGUCCAGAUUCAGAAGCCAUGAACCAAGGUGCUGCCUUCUUCUCUCAUUUAGCUAUAUUUAAAAAUAUAGCCUUGGCUAUAUUGGGUGGCCGAUGGAGAGGUAUAAAUCUGCUUAUUGUUAUUUUGGUCAUCCCUCUGCUGAAAAAAAUUGAUAAAGCAAACUAAUUGGUAUGACUGAGGAGAGCAUAAAAAAAGCACCUGGAUGCUGAAUGAUUUAAAAUUAGCUAUAUGUAAUUAAAGGCAAUUCUAGGUCAUAUUAUUCCUGUAGCUCACUUGUAUUUAUGGUCUUUUGCAUUAGUGCUGCAAGGGAAUUUGAAAAGCUCCAUUCGCCAGAGUAAUCUGAACUUUAGUUUUAAUUAAGGCCUGGUAUUUCACUGAAAAGGGAAGGGAAAAAAUAAAGAACCCAGUGUUAUAAAUUCUUAGACUGAAUUACACAAUGUUAGGGUAGAUCAUUCAGGCUGCAAUAGAAACAGGUAUUUCUAGCUAAAAGGGUCUGUUUUAUCCUGCAAAUUAAUAAUGUUCUGGUUUGUGGAGAGCUCACUUUGCUGGAAGCAUCUCUCAGGAUGUUUUAUCUCCAGAAUAUUCUCAGCCUCUUGUUUUGUCUUGCAGCUUCCCUAUGCUUUUUCUCCUACUCUCUCAUGUGUGCAGGCACUCACACAGACUCACUUCAUACCCCCAUCAGACCCCGUAUGCAGUUGGUGUGCUGUUCCUCUACUUUGCUGGGUGGAAAUCCAGAGGUUUUCUGCAUCUGCUCAGAGUUUAUCACACAAAACCUGCACUUGCUGGUCAUAUCUCUUAUGUAAGACAUGUUCUCUCUUCACCCUUCUCUGCUUUUUCUCUCUCCUGAACCCACCCUGUAGACCCAUCUCCCACAUGAGUGUGUCAGGAGUGUUUGCUGUCCCAGAGCAGUCCAGGCUGGCAAAUGGGAUGAAGGAAAGAGGAGUGGAGCAGGGAGCCUGAGGCUCUUCUCCUGCCAGUGCCACAACCUAGCCAGUGUCCUGCACUGGAGCUGGGGGUAACUUUAAACUAAAAAUAUGGGUAUGAGUUCAGAUUAAAUAGGGCCUGAAAGUUCCCAAGAAUCAUGGCUAAAGCAGAAUGAAGACCUGUUGCAUGAGUAACCCUAGGAAUGCAGAGGGACAGAACCUCCUCUGGGAAAGGAAUAAAGAUGUAUCCUGAGUCGGAAACUUACACAAACCCCAGCAACUCCUCCCCUCUGGCCACAGUGUGUAUGUAAGAGCAGAUCAGGUAUUAACAGCACAGGGGAGCUGGCUGAGCUUCUAAAGUUAAAAGGAACAUCUUUCUCAUUAAACCCUGGGGUUUUACUGCAUGGUCAUGUCAUUUGGUGGUGUCAUUGAAAUGCAAGGGAGAUGCCUUCCUUCCCUUCUGCUCCUCUUGUUGCUGCACAUUGCUCAUGGUACCUCCUGCAAGGCCUGUAACCAGCUGUUAAAGUCUUGGGAGAGGGGAAAUGCAGCUGCUCUUUUUGCUAAAUUGUGGGGAACAAAGCAAAAAUUAAUGUCACCUCACAUACUCUGGGAGUACCCCAGGAUCCAGGAAAACCAGAUUUUUGGGGGCUCUUACUUCAGGAAUGGACACAACUUCAUUUUAUACAGCCUAUGUGACCACAUCAGAAACUUUCCCAUGUCAAAGUCCUGGGGGGUAGAAGAGACUGAACAGUGUAUUGUCAGUGCAAGGUGACAGUGUCUGUUAGGUAAUUAAGCAGUCUUACCAAGCUCUACAUCUUCUAAUAAAAUUAUCCAUUUUGUGCUCUUGCAUAUAAACCUGCUUUCUAUUCCAGGCAUUUUAUAAAUACAGUGUAAUAAGAAUUCAAAAUAAAGCGUGUCUGAUUGCA